UUGAUAGUGGUUAAAAAUAUCGUUCAAUUGUUCUUUUAUAGCCCAUUAGUGAUUCCUUCAAUGCUAUUCGAAAAUAUGAAGCUUUUCAUACUAAUAUUCCUGAUUUCGAAUGAUUUAAUAGAAUAUUGUGCCUCUAAAUGCCCCGACGGUAUAAACGGUCAAGGUAUGUCAGCAAAAUCUCGUAUAAGUGUAUUGUUCUGGCACAAAUACUAUAGAAAUGAGCUGAUUGAAGGAACUUUGCCCAAUCUCCCGAAAGCAGAAAAAAUGCCGGAAAUAUUCUACGAAAAUGAACUGGAGAUUGAAGCUCAAUAUCUAGCUAAUCGUUGCCAUUACGAACAUGAAAAUGUUACCACAAAAACCUGGGGGGAUGUUGGUCUAAAUUUAUAUAUGGAAUCGAGCAAACAGUUCGAUAAAACACAAGAAUGGGCUCAGGUAAUUUAUGAAUGGUGGCUUGAACAAGACAUGUAUUAUUAUGGUAAACCUAUUAUUCCUGCAGCAAGACAUUUUGGUCAGAUGAUUUGGGCUAAAACGGAGUAUAUUGGAUGUGGUUUCACUCUAUUUCCAAUAAAACAUCCAAAUCUGACUCUUUUUCACAAGUUUUACGUCUGUGCAUAUGCCCCUAAAGGGAAUAUUCCUAAUGAACUCCCCUAUGAGGCUGUUCCUGGUAAGCUCUAAUGGAUUGACAAUCAUGUUAGCGAUUAAGGAAGCAACGAAAAAUCGUUUAUGUUUAUUAAAUAUAAUUUAUCUCAUUCAUCAUAUAAAUGUCGCGAUCGAAUAAAGUACACAACAAAU